CGCUGCAGGAGGAGCAGGUGGCUGCAGUGCGGGCCAGGGCCCCCAGGCUUCCUGUGUGUGGGCCCGCCCGCUACUGUUUCUUGUCGGAGUUCUUUGGGCCACCCGGCGGCCCGGCCCGGCCCGGCCCCAUGGCCCAGACCCCCGACGGCAUAUCCUGUGAGUUGCGAGGCGAGAUCACCAGAUUCCUGUGGCCGAAGGAGGCUGAGCUGCUGCUGAAAACCUGGCUACCAGAACGGGAGGGUGCUGAGCGAGGUCAUGUCCUGGCACUGCUACGAUGGAGAGCCUACCUGCUCCACACUUGCCUCCCCCUGAGAGUCGACUGCACAUUCAGCUACCUGGAGGUCCAGGCCAUGGCACUGCAGGAGACACCCCCUCAGGUCACUUUUGAGCUGGAGUCUCUGCCUGAGCUGGUCCUGGAGUUUCCUGGUGUGGCUGCCCUGGAACAGCUGGCCCAGCACAUUGCUGCAGCCAUCAAGAAGGUCUUCCCUCGCUCGAACCUUGGGAAGCUAUUCCGGAAGCCCACAUCCCCCUCCAUGCUGGCUCGGCUAGAGAGAAGCAGCCCCUCCGAAGACACCGUGCCCAGAAGCCCCUGUGGUGGCUUCUUGGAGACAUAUGAGGCUCUGUGUGACUACAAUGGCUUCCCUUUCCGAGAGGAGAUUCAGUGGGACGUGGACACGAUCUACCAUCGACAGGGCUGCCGCCACUUCAGCCUAGGUGACUUCAGCCAUUUGGGCAGUCGGGACCUGGCCCUGAGUGUGGCUGCUCUGUCCUACAACCUGUGGUUCCAGUGCCUCUCCUGUGUGGACAUGAAGCUGAGCCUUGAGGUCUCGGAACAGAUUCUGCACAUGAUGAGUCAGUCAUCCCACCUGGAAGAGCUAGUGCUCGAGAACUGUGGCCUGAGGGGAGACUUUGUCCGGCGACUGGCCCAAGCACUGGCAGGGCACUCGAGCUCUGCCCUCCGGGAGCUUAGCCUGGCGGGGAACCUGAUGGAUGACCGAGGCAUGGCUGCUCUCAGCAAACACCUAGAGCUUCGUCCUGGAGCACUGAGGAAACUCAGCCUAGCGCAGACAGGGUUGACACCUCGAGGAAUGAGAUUUCUGGGCCAGGCCCUGGAUUCCAAUGUGGCUUUUGACUCUGCCCUGACCCACCUGGACCUUUCCGGGAACCCUGGGGCGCUGGGGGCCUCGGAGGACAGUGGGGGCCUCUAUAGUUUCCUGAGCCGUCCUAAUGUUCUGACGUUCCUGAAUCUCGCGGGCACCGACAUCGCCCUGGACACUCUCUUCGCAGCGCUGGCAGGCGGCUGCUGCACCUGCCUCAGCCACCUGGAUGCCUCGAGGAACGUCUUCUCCCGCACGAAGUCCCGGGCUGCGCCCGACGCGCUCCAACUCUUCCUCAGCCGCGCGGGGACGCUUCGGCACCUGUGCCUGGCGGGCUGUAAGCUGCCGCCCGACGCGCUCAGGGCCCUUUUGGAAGGGCUUGCGCUCAACACGCACACGGGCGACCUGCACCUGGACCUCAGCGCUUGUGAGCUGCGCUCAGCGGGCGCUCAGGUGAUACAGGACUUAGUGUGCGACGCCGGCGCAGUGAGCUCCCUGGACCUGGCGGAUAAUGGCUUCGGCUCAGACAUGGUGACUCUGGUGCUGGCCAUCGGAAGGAGUCGGUCCCUGCGGCAUGUCGCACUUGGAAGGAAUUUCAACGUCCGGUGCAAGGAGACCCUGGACGACGUCCUGCACCGGAUUGUCCAGCUCAUGCAGGAUGACGACUGUCCCCUACAGUCUCUGUCUGUGGCUGAGUCGCGGCUGAAGCUGGCCUCCAGCGUCCUGCUCCGGGCUCUGGGCACCAAUCCAAACCUGACGGCGCUGGAUAUCAGCGGCAACGCCAUGGGGGACACUGGCGCCAAGUUGCUGGCCAAGGCACUUCGGGUCAACACAAGGCUCCGGUCUGUGAUCUGGGACCGGAAUCACACGUCUGCUCUGGGCCUGCUGGACGUAGCACAGGCCCUGGAGCAAAACCGCAGCCUAAAGGCCAUGCCUCUGCCACUGAACGACGUGGCCCAGGCACAUCGCAGCCGACCGGAAAUGACCGCACGUGCAGUGCAUCAGAUCCAAGCCUGUCUUUUGCGGAAUAACUGUGCGGACCAUGCCUCUUCUGAUCGUACCUCCUCCUGUCUGCAGCCACCCGGUCUGGUCUCAGACCCCUCAGAGCAGGAAGUGAAUGAACUGUGUCAGUCAGUGCAGGAGCAUGUGGAGCUACUGGGCUGUGGCGCUGGGCCCCAGGGUGAAGCCGCUGUGCACCAGGCUGAGGAUGCCAUCCAAAAUGCCAACUUCUCUCUCAGUAUUCUCCCAAUUCUGUAUGAGGCUGGGAGCUCUCCAAGUCAUCAGUGGCAGCUGCGACAAAAGCUAGAGGGUCUCCUGGGACAGGUGGGCGAGGUCUGCCGUAAAGACAUUCAGGAUUUCACUCAGGCCACAUUGGACACAACAAGGAGCCUCUGCCCACAGAUGCUACAGGGACCCAGGUGGAGGGAGCAGCUAGAGGGAGUCCUGGUGGGCUCAAGGGGCCUCCCAGAGCUGCUCCCAGAGCACCUGCUGCAAGAUGCCUUCACUAGGCUCAGGGAUAUGCGGUUGUCAGUCACAGGGACCUUGGCAGAGAGCAUUGUGGCUCAGGCUCUGGAGGGGCUGAAUGCAGCCCGGGAUCGGCUGGUGAGGGAGAAUUGUGCAUACAUUCAUGUGGAGAGUCUGGCUCAGCAGGCAACAGUGGCAAUGCCUCCUGCCAUACCAGCACUGGAUGGAGGUGAGCCCAGCCCCCUUGGGCCUGGGGAAUUGGAAGGUCUUUUCUUCCCUGAGGAGGUGAGGGAGAAGCAGAAGGAUGAAGAGGAACAGAAGCAUGACAAUCCUCCACAGAAAUGGCCUGAGUCCAGCCAGUGUCUUCCCCUGGUCCUCUCCACUCACAGUGCUGCUGAGGAACCGGAGCCCGAGCUGGCGGCUCCGGGGGAAGAUGCGGAGCCGCAGGCGGGGCCUUCUGCCCGUGGCUCUCCGAGCCCCGCCACCCCGGGUCCCCAGGCCGGCCCACUGCCUCGCAUGGACCUACCACCCGCUGGGCACCCCCUGCGCCAUCCGACCCGGGCCCGGCCGCGGCCGCGGCGCCAGCACCACCACCGUCCGCCACCGGGGGGCCCUCAGGUGCCCCCAGCCCUGCCGCAGGAAGGGAAUGGGCUCAGUGCCCGCGUGGAUGAAGGCGUGGAGGAAUUCUUCUCUAAAAGGCUGAUCCAGCAGGAUCGCCUCUGGGUCCCUGAAGAGGACUCGGCCAACGAAGGGGGUACCACCCCUGUCCCCCGCACACUGCGAAAGAAGCUGGGUACCCUGUUUGCCUUCAAGAAGCCUCGUUCAACCCGGGGGCCACGGCCGGACCUAGAGACCAGCCCCGGGGCAGCUCCCCGUACUCGAAAGACCACACUUGGAGACCUGUUGCGGCCACCAUCCCGUCCUGGCCGGGGAGACGAGCCUGCUGGAGCUGAGGGGGCCACUAGCAGCCCAGACCCGGGCCGCAGGAGCCGGCCUCGCUACACUCGGGAAAACAAGGCCCAUUCGAUGAUACUACUACCUGCUGAGGAGGAGGAGGAGGAGGAAACGUUGAGCUCCAGACCUGACAAGCGGCGGCCCCUGGAGCGGGGAGACACAGAGCUGGCCCCAUCUUUUGAACAGCGGGUACAAGUGAUGCUGCAAAGGAUCGGUGUGAGCAGAGGCAGCGGGAGUGAAGGCAAGAGGAAGCAAAGCAAGGAUGGAGAGAUCAAGAAGGCUGGCUCGGAUGGUGACAUUAUGGACAGUUCUGCAGAGGCCCCUCCCAUCUCAAUCAAGUCCCGCACCCACUCCGUGUCGGCAGACCCCUCGUGCAGACCUGGUCCAGGGGGCCAAGGUCCUGAGUCCACCACCUGGAAGACACUAGGACAGCAGCUGAAUGCAGAGCUGCAGGGCCGUGGUUGGGGACAACAGGAUGGUCCAGGCCCCCCCUCCCCUUGUCCCAGCCCACGAAGAACCAGCCCUUCCCCAGACAGUCUGGGCCUCCCGGAGGACCCUUGCUUGGGCCCUAGGAAUGAAGAUGGUCAGCUGAGGCCGAGGCCUCUCUCGGCAGGGCGACGAGCAGUAUCUGUGCAUGAGGACCAGCUCCAGGCCCCUGCUGAACGGCCCCUGCGGCUGCAGCGUUCCCCUGUUCUCAAGCGGAGGCCAAAGCUUGAAGCACCCUCAUCUCCAAGCCUAGCCCAACCUCUGCCCCCACAGCCUACAGAGCCCUCCAGCCCUGAGCAGAACCCACCCUCCCCAGCCACAGACCAAAGAGGCGGCGGGCCCAACCCCUGACCCUCUCCUUUUCCUGCCGCAUGAGAUUAUUUUAUUAAAAAACUCAAAGGAA